CAGAAAUGUAUAUUUGUGAAUGUGGAGAUGUUAUAUUGGUUUCACUGGUAAAAAUAAAUAAUUGAAAUGGGUAUAUAUUUGUUCUUUGUUAAGUUGCCUAAUAAUUAUGCACAGUAAUAGUCACCUGCACACACAGAUAUCCCCCCUAAAAUAGCUAAAACAAACUAAAACCUACUUCCAAAAACAUUCAGCUUUGAUAUUAAUGAGUUUUUUGGGUUCAUUGAGAACAUGGUUGUUGUUCAAUACAGUUUUUCUCGAUUGCUUAAACACUAUAACCAGGCCUCUAAACUAAAAUUUCAAAACCAUAAACGCUAUUGGUCAAAAAGCUCACCCAUUUCCCUGAACUAUAAACACUAUUCCCUGCUUUGACACAUGACUCAAAUUUGGUGAACUGGUACUGCAAAACUCUACACACAAAUCCCUACAUUUUACAGUGCUUACACCAUGUAGUCAUGUAGAAAGCACUAGCAUGCAAUAAUGUUAACUUAAGUCAGCAUAGCUUGAGCCCAAUUAGCACACAAUUAACCAGGUGGAAACACUAGGAGUCAAAAUUUAGCACACACCAAUCAGAACCUGCGAUGGAUAGAUAAAAGGGCCAAAGUCAGCUCAUUCAGGUUUGAAACAAUGGAUCCAAAGAGAUGCAAAGGAAGAGGACGUGGUGGAGAAAGAGGACGUGGUGAAGGAGGAGGACGUGGUGGAGAAAGAGGACGUGGUGAAGGAGGAGGACGUGGUGGAGAAAGAGGACGUGGUGAAAGAGGAGGACGUGGUGAAGGAGGAGGACGUGGUGGAGAAAGAGGACGUGGUGAAAGAGGAGGACGUGGUGGAAGAGGAGGAGGAGGUGGUGAAGGAGGUGGAGGUGGAGAACGACGGCGACAAGGAAGGGGAAGAGCAAGGGCACGAAGACAGUCAGUCUCGGAUGAAAUUCGAGCCACUUUAGUUGACCAUGUCCUUGUCCAUGGGAUGACUAUGAGGGAGGCUGGGCAACGAGUACAACCAAAUUUGAGUCGCUUCACUGUUGCCUCCAUCAUCAGAACCUUCAGGGAGGAAAACAGGACACAGAGACGACCACCUGGUGGAGGCAGGUUAAGGCUUUUGUCGGAGGAGCAAGAGAGGGAACUUGUAAACAUGGUAAUUGCAAAUAAUGUAAUCCGCCUGCAAGAGAUUCAAAGGAGAGUGAUUGAGGAUGAUCAUCUUUUUCGAGGCAUAAAUGCCAUCAGCCUCUCCACAAUUGACCGCAUCCUCCGAAAGAAUCAAUUCCGGAUGAAACAGGCAUACCGAGUCCCUUUCGAACGAAACUCUGACAGAGUGAAAAACCAACGUGUGGAAUAUGUUCAGAGAAUCUUUGAGAUUGAAGGACGGCCUGUUCCCCAUGAAAUGAUCUUUGUGGAUGAGGCAGGUUUUAACCUGACCAAAAGAAGGAAAAGGGGGAGGAACAUAAUUGGCCAUCGGGCUAUUGUAAAUGUCCCUGGUCAGCGUGGGGGGAAUGUCACUAUGUGCGCAGCCAUCAGCCAACGAGGGGUACUCCACCGCCAUGCCGUACUAGGACCCUAUAACACUAUGCUUCUCCUUGCUUUUCUUGAUGGUUUAAGACAACAUAUGUUCCAGCUGGACUACAGGGAACCAGCACAGCCAGAGCAGCCUCACUACGUUGUUGUGUGGGAUAACGUCAGCUUCCAUCGCGCUGCUCUGGUUCGUGACUGGUUUACCAAUAACCCAAGGUUUUCUAAUAUCUUUCUGCCUGCAUACUCCCCCUUUCUAAACCCGAUAGAGGAGUUAUUUUCGGCAUGGCGGUGGAAAGUGUAUGACCGAGAACCUUAUGUCCGUGUUCACCUCCUUCAGGCCAUGGAAGAGGCCUGCCUAGACAUAUCAGUAGAUGCAUGCCAGGGGUGGAUCAGGCAUGCAAGAGGAUUUUACCCCCGCUGCCUGGCUGGGGCCAAUAUAGCCUGUGAUGUGGAUGAGAUUCUCUGGCCUGACCCAGACCAAAGACAAGAUGCUGUGGUGGGAUAAUGUUUCUGGUGUGUGUUGUACUGUAUAGUACAUGAAUGACAAUGUGCCACUGUACAUACAUUGGUUGCGUCUUUUGUGUUUAUCAUGUGACAAGGGUUUUGAAGGGGAGAACCAUAAGCAACCUAAUUGUUUUGGAACUAUUGUUUUGAAUUAAUUGUACCAGUGUGCAAAACUCUGUGGUUUUUUACCAGUGUGUGUGUUUUUGAGGGCUUGUGUUUGAUGUCUGAGGGCAAAGUUCGGUUUUUCAGCAGGAGUGAAUAGUUUUGGGUGUAGAGCUUCAUUUUGACCUGGAAAUAGGAUGUUUGGGGAAUUGAGUGAGAUGUUAUGGAUUUGUGUUUACUGUUGUGCGGAUAUGAGGCGUAGUUUCAAGAAAUGUGUUUUAGCAAUCGAGAAAAACUGUAAUUGCAAAAUCAUACUUGCUACUCUUACACAACAAAACAUUUAGUCACGACUGAGUCUUUUUUUUUUUAACCAUUAGUGCUUUUACUUCAGUAAAGUGUGUGGACAUCUCCGUCACCACCUACAGCACAAACACUGUUUUUUACAAGUUGGACUGUUAGAAAAUACUAGAGUCUUCCUGUGGUGUCAGGACAAACAUGAAGAGCUGUGAACAUUCAGAGUGAGGAGGUUCGGUUGGUGUGAAAACAACAAGCAUUCUCAGUGAAUUUGAGUGCAAAACUGUAAACUUGGUACGUAAUGACGAUUAGCCCUCAGUUUGAGUCAUGAGACACAGCCAUGACCUCACAGUGUAUUUACAAUCUUGAGUUAAAAUCAACAAAUAACAGACGCCACAAACUCAGAACGCUUUAACACGUGCGCUUUUCUUCACGCUGAUGGAAACAUGUAGGUCUCUGUUUCAGCCCUGGUGGACCAGGACGCUGCAGAAACGCCUGGAUUUAAACUGGAAUUCUGAUACGCUCUGGCUGUCUUUAAAAAAAUAAGAGUGACAGCAGUACAGCGAUACUUUUUAAUGACUGCUCCUUAUUUCACUUAAAAGUUUUAGAAACAUCUAGUUUUGCGUAAUUACCCUAAAAGCUUUUUUCCUGUGGAGUAUUCACUACACACUGUGUCAAAAUCGCAGGUUAUUUCUGAUUAAAAAUCAAUUUAAAAAAAAGAAGCUGCCCAAAGUGAAAACACACCAACUACACUCUGCAAUAAAUAUACUGUAUGCUUAACAGCUACCUGAUCUAAAUAAUUACAAUGAUUACAAUUUAAUAUACUAACCUUUUCUGUUAAAAUACCUUAGAUUUGAGCUUUAAUUGACAUAUCAUGUGUUUCUAACUUCUUUUAAUCUAAGCUCAACUCCUCAUAUCCAAAAUACCAAAAAUUCCAGUUUGGGCCUUUCUCCGAUCAAACUCUCUGAGGUGUAAAUACACAGCUGGCUUCAUGAGAGAGAACUGAAAAAAAGAAUUUGUGUUGGAAAUGAGCUCUAAAUGAAAGCAGAGCAGUUGAGCUUUCUUUCAUGCUGAGAAACUAAAUACAUUCAAAAGUGACGUGGAUGUGUGGUUUUUUUUUUGUAGAUAUAUGUAUAGAAAAUCUAAGAAAGAGUCAUUUUUAUUGUUCAUUCUCAUACAAAAAACAACACCAGAGAAACACAGUUCAGUCAAUUUCAUCUGAAAGUGUUUAGAAACAGAAAUCUGAACUGUUCCUGCAGAUCCAAUCGUUACUGUCAUAGGGAAAGCCAACAACAAAAAAAGAAAAUUAAAGAAAGGUGAUGGUUAAUAACUUUUGCAUAAAUGGGCUUUAGUCUGAAAUUUAAGGAUAGUAUUUUUCUUUCUCUCUCGACAGCAGCGAUUCGCUCUGACAGGAUGCUGGAGCAAAAAAACACUGUUCCUGUUGUCUCGAUAGUUUAUCAUAAAUAAUCCCGUGUAAUUUGACAUCAAGUGAAGAUGUGGGAAAGGCUAUACCACACCAUCACAAGUCAUAAUAAAUGUUUAUUCGUUUAUUUUCUCUCUCUUUUUUUUUUUUCUUUUUUCUCGUUGCUUGUUUGGUAAAUAAUAAGGGAGAAAAAUGUUCCAACAUGAGAAGUUCUGUUUUGUAUUCAUUGUAAACAGUUUGUGUUUUCCGUCUUCUUUUUUUUCUUUGUAAACUAUAUCCACAAAUACUCAAUAAAAAUAUUUUGAAUUAAAAAAAGAGCGUUGGAGCAUUUUAGCGCUUAAAGCUGCAGCUUCUGACCACUUGGGGGCGCAUUAACAACUGCGAGCUGUGUCUGUCCUCUGCUACAGUUGCUUUUAAGAGCUUUUUGUCUCCAUCAGGAAGCCAAAGCAGCAAGGUCGUGAAUGCAGAUAAACGCUGAUGUAAGGGCACAUCUUACAUCAAACAUCUUCCAAAGGACUCUGCAGUCUAGCUGAUAACUGCUGCUCAAUGAUCAGACACACUCGUGUAACACUGUUCCUUUCUCAUAUGAGGAGUGACACCCUCCUGGCUGAAGCGCUAAUUCACCCAGUAACUGAGAGAAGUUAUCUAAGAUCCCAGAGAGAAGGGAAUUAAAUUAAUUUUAAGUUAAUUAGAUUUGUUUCGUGUCACUUCUUCACUUUAUUUGUUAUUUCUCUGUCAACUAAGGAGACAACGCAGCGAGCGGUGUUUGCUUGUGGCAACACGGUUCUCUCUCUGUAUUAUUAAUUAAAAUGAUACAUGAUUUCCUCCUGAUAUUUGCACGUAAGGAAACUUGUUAUUUAGGGAUUCUAGGUGGAGC